AAGGUGUGGUUCCAAAACCGUCGAACGAAGCACAAACGGAUGCAGCAGGAAGAGGAUGUCAAAUCGGGUGACGGUAACGGCAGUGCUGGCAAUUGUAAUCGUUCAUCGAGUCCCGGUGCCGCCUACGACGACGACGAGGACGACGAGGAGCUAAUCGAUAUGGAAAUGGACGAUUGUCCCAGCGACGAGGAACAGGAGCUUAUGCAGCAGCAACAGCAGCAGCAACAUCACCACCAUCAGCAACAACAACAUCAUCAGUUUUCACUGCAUUCUCAUCUGGCGCAGCAGCACCGGACAUGAGAUUCGGUUCGAGAACGGUUGCUUCGGAUGAUCGUUCUUGAGUAACGGGAGUUAGAGAUUCAGGUACAUGUCACACAGAUCAAUAGUUCCUAACAUAAGGCUUGGGAAGGAAGGGCAUUGAAGAACUUACUGGUGCCAAACCGUGUGAACGACAGUUGCAAUGUUUUAUGAGGCAUGAAUUCGGGGUCACAAUCGUUUUAACUGUGAAAAUUCGGAUUUGGGUUCAGGCUGAGUUGACGUCAUUAAAAUUUGUGUAUUGAGUCCGAACUAUUGGAAGUUUUUCAGAGCCUCGCAAAACACUUGUUAAUUGGGAAGAAGUGACUGGGAAAACGGAGUGCCAAACUAAGCGGUUGAUCAAACAGUGCACUGCACUGAAAUUAGACUUCGAACUAAACCAGAAAGAAACCGUAGAUUAUUUAUUAUUUAUUUGUCAACCAGAGUCGCAUUCGUUAACGUUAACACAAGGACAUUGAAUAGGCAAGGAAAAUAGUUUCUGUAAAUAGUUCACUGUACAUACCAGUUAGUAGCCGGUGUGCGAAUAAUUAAGCUAUCCUUAAAAGAUCAUGUCGAAUACAAUAACCAGGAAUCAAUUAAAUAAAUUGAAUAGCAAGUGAAUAAUUGGUCGAUAAUUGGUUUUGCGUAGUAAAUGGAGGUUGAUUUAUGCUACUGAAUGUCAGUACGAAGGCAGACUGUCAAUUAUAGUAGCAAACUGUUUCCAGUGAGAUAUAUUGAAACGGCGCUGAUGUCUUUAGGAGACGGUUUAGUCAUGGGGAGUUUUUGGUUAGUAUCGUAAAAUUUAAUGAAAUUAAACUCAUAAAUAUUGUG